AUGGUAGGACGGAGAAUGUCCCGAUGCGACGUGGUCAUCGCCUCCAUAUAUGUCAACCCCACCCAAUUCUCCGCCAAUGAGGACUUUGGGGUGUACCCCCGCAGCACCGAGCGCGAUUUAGACCUCUUGGCCAAGGCCGGCUGUGUGGCUGUCUUCAUGCCGGCGGCCUUGUACCAUCCAGGGUCAAGCUCGCUGGGGUCGGGUGAUGCGAGCAUGGUGGUGGGUGCAGCUCAGGGCGAGGCUGCCUCGGACGCACACUCCACCUGGGUCAAUGUGGAGGGGCUAUCCCAGGGUCUAUGCGCGGGCUCCAGGCCACACUUCUUCAGAGGAGUUGCCACGGUGGUUACCAAGCUGUUCAACAUCGUGGAACCUGACAUGGCAUUCUUUGGGAAAAAGGACUACCAGCAGUGGCGCAUCCUCGAGCGCCUCGCCUGCGACCUGGACUUUGGCAUCGAGGUAGUUGGCCUCCCGAUCCAGCGCGAGGCAGAUGGUCUGGCGAUGAGCAGUCGCAACGUGCUCCUGGCACCCGAUCACCGCGCCGCAGCCCCCGGCAUCUACAAGGCACUGCGCGCCCUGGAAGCGGAGGUCGCCACGCGGCGCCGCGCAAGUGGCACUGCGUCGGCCCUUACCGUCCAGGAGGCUCAGCGAUCGGUGUCGAGGUCGCUCGAGGCUCUGGGCGGGGCGGUGGACUAUGUCCAGCUGGUGGACGCGGCCAGCCUCAGGCCCCUGGCCGCCGGCGCUGACCUGGCGACCGGGCCACAUAUGGUGCUGCUGGCCGUGGCCGUCGUCUUUGGGCGGGUGCGGCUGAUCGACAACCUGGAGAUCCAGGGACGGGCGUGA